AUGCGCUGCAUACAAGGAGUUAUUCCAGCGAUUUUUGCUACCGCACACCUCGCCGCCGCCCAAAACAAAUUCAUCACACCGCCGCCUGGUGGCGACUCUGGAGUCUACGAGGGCCCCAGCAUCAACGUCUAUGGUGUCGGCUCAACAAUCUCGCUGCAAUGGCAAGUGGACUACACCAGAUCGUCACUGUCCAUUAUCCAGACAAACCUGACUCGACCUGAUGUGCCGGCUGGCGAAGAUUUCCUCUUCCGCAAGUUGACCGAUCGCUCGUCGUACUCCUGGGAUGUGAACGUCACUGGGGUUUUCGACCUUGAGUGGAGUAAUGUUUUCUGGUUCCGGGUUUAUAACGAGGGCGACGGCCGUGGCUGGACACCGUCCAGCUACAUAAAUAUCACCGAUAACACGAUCGCAUCGCCCACUGCAUCGAGCACACCAAGCGUGACAGCAUCUUACACAGCACGACCUGCCGGAUCCAGUGGUCUCACCUCUGGCACGAAGAUCGGCAUCGGCGUUGGCGUUGGCGUAGGUGUGGGCUGUAUCCUUGUAGCCGCGGGAUUGGCAUUUUUCCUGCUUCGAAGGCGUAAGAGGUCUCCACCUUCAGUAGAAGUGCCUUUAACAUCGUCGAAAGCAACGGAUGGGCAAGAGCAGCUUCCAAGCUAUACUGGGCCUACAGCGGGACAUAAUGAGACUUGGAAAUCACAAUGGCCAGAACAACGGCCAGUAGUAGGUCCAAACCAGCAAGGACAAUACAGUGAGCGCGCGGAGGUCGAUGCGAGUCCAGGACUGCAUGAACUUGCUACAGAGCAUGAGCCACAGGAGAUGUCUGCCGAUAGGAUUACAUCGCGAUAG